GUUCCAGACGCUUGCAGCUACUCGAUCUCACCUGAAACACUGGCGACUGUUCGGAAAAGAUUCGAUGAACUUUUAUUGGUGGAUGAUUCUGAGGAUGACGAGAAUGAUAGUGAUGGAGGGAACGAAGAGGAUUAUGUCGAUGGUUAUGGAGAUGAUGAUUCAGUGGGAAGUUUGGAGGAAUUUGUGGUGAAAAGUGAUGAGGACAUCGUUUAUGAGCAGGACUGGGAUGAAUUGGAUGAAGCUGAACGGGUGCUGGAUGAAGAGGAGGUGAGGUGA